AUGCUGAAUGUUGGCAAACAUACACAUGUGGAGAUACUGGAAAAACUACCAUCUAUCAGCAAGCAAAUCCAGGAAAAAAUAGACAAUUUUGGAGAUGAUGAAAAUCCAAUUUCUAUCGGAAACCUUGGUGACAUUAUAUCAAAACACAGCAUUUGGCAGAAACGUUUCCCAAGAGUAGAACCGUUUUAUGCCGUAAAAUGUAAUGAUGUUGAACCUGUAAUAAGGAUUCUGGCAGAUAUGGGACUUUCUUUUGAUUGUGCAAGUAAGAUUGAGAUUCAAAAGAUUUUAGAACUUGGAGUUGGUCCCUCAAAGAUUAUUUAUGCGAACACCAAUAAACCACUUUCAUUUAUCAAAUAUGCUGCUGAUAAAGGCGUUUCCAUGAUGACAUUUGAUUGUGAGGAUGAACUGAUUAAAAUCAAGAAAGGUUAUCCAGAUGCAAAACUAGUGCUGAGGAUCAGUCCACAAUCUAACUAUAAAGUCAAAUUGGACCUUGGAAAAAAAUUUGGAUGUCAUCCAAUGCACACAUCAAAACUGCUGGAAAUGGCUAUGAAACUCAAAUUGGACGUCAUCGGUGUAAGUUUUCAUGUUGGACAUGGUUGUCUAGAAACAGGAGCAUUUGCUGCAGCAAUUGAGCAGUCAAGAAAAGUAUUUGACAUCGGAUUAGCUAUGGGAUUUGAUAUGCACCUAUUAGACAUCGGCGGUGGGUUUCCUGGAGAGAAAAUACAAAAUGUAGAAACGAACAUAACUUUCGAAGGGAUUGCAGAAGUUGCAAACAAAGCACUAGAUGAUUAUUUCCCGGAAAAGGAUGUUAGGAUUAUAGCAGAACCGGGACAAUACUACGUCUCAUCAGCUUUCACAGUUGCCGUCAAUAUUAUAACAAAGAAAACGUGUACAGAUAAAGAAAUUUUAGCACCGGACUUGGAUUUACUCAGCAAACCAACUGAACGGAACGAACCAGUCAGAGUGUACUAUGUAAAUGAUGGAAUAUAUGGAUGUUUCCUGUUAUGCUUGACAGAUCCUGGGUGUUUUGUACCCUCACAUUUUAAGGACACUGAUGCGGAACUAUAUACCAGUACUAUAUGGGGACCAACGUGUGAUUCACUGGAUUUAGUUAUAGACAACGUCAAAUUACCAGAACUAACAAGUGGAGAUUGGAUAUUCUUUAAAGAUAUGGGAGCAUAUUCAUUUGCUACAGCAUCAUCUUUUAAUAGUAUGCCAAAGAUCAAGGAAUACUUCAUCUGUGAAAAAAGAUUAUGGGAACAAGUAUACAACGCUAACUCUAGUGAGCAUAGUUGUAAAAUAGAACAAAAUGAAUAA